UAUGACUGCGCCUCGAGCAUCUUGCGCAUGCGCCCGAUCGUCGUCUUCGCCGUCACGGCGGGGGGCGUGUUCAGCAUGUACGCGCCGCCGGCGAUCACCUUCCGGCACGAGCCGCACUUCCAGAUGCCCGUCGCCUGGCGCUUGACGUUGUCCUUCCCACAAAAGACGCAGUUGUACUUCGAGUGCUGCGAGACCUCCAUCUUCUUGAUGUUCUUCCGGAUCGACGCGCCGUACCGAAUGCCGUACUUGCCGCAGAUCCCUACUUUCUUCGUACGCUUACCCAUCUUGGCGCGGCGUCGACCUGCGUGAGGGGCGGGCGGUGAGUGUCUGCGUCCGCGGGCGGCGCGCUCGUCUCGUGUGUGGUGGGGCUACCCGCAGCGACGCCGGGUGCCGUCGCGGGUGUUACCGCGCAGCCGACGGCCCGUCGCUGGCGUUACUGCGCCGCCGACGGCCGCAGACGGCCAAUCGAGCGCGCUUGCAGCACGCGGCUCGGCCGCACAGGGCUGGGCGCCCGGCAGGGAUGCCGGGUGCCCCGUGCUGGCGCAGGCGGGCGCCCAGACGGCCGUACAGGGCAACUCGCGGUUUGCAAGCCAAGUCGCU